AUGGAACCCAAGUCACCGGCCCCAGCCCUGUACAUCACAGGGUUGGGAUCGCAAUAUCCUCCCUAUUUGCUGGGGCCCGAGGAAUUUGAGAAAAUCAAAAAGCUGCUCCAGCUCAAUCGCUCGACGGGUAUCGAGACCAGAUCCGCAAUACAACCCUACGAGACUGAAUUUGCAACCCAGCCGGACGCCCCCGCAAUUAGUGAGAUCGAUCAGUUCUUUCGCCAAGCCGGGGUCGACCUUACCGUUCAAGCAUGUAAGAAGGCCCUCGAAGAAGCCCAAGUCGCACCCCGGCAGAUUACUCAUACGAUCGGUGUUACCUGUACCAAUUCGGGUAACCCGGGGUAUGAUCUGCUAGUGGCCCGUCAUUUGAACCUUCCGCCCCACGUCGAUCGCAUGCUUCUCCACGGCGUUGGGUGCGCGGGCGGGCUGUCCAUCUUGCGGGCCGCUGCGCAGAUAGCCGGUGGGGCAAGUCUGCGGCGAAAACCAGCCCGCAUUUUGGCUUUCGCUUGUGAGCUGUGUACCCCAAAUUUACGCCAUUAUCUGUCAUUAGCGGAGACAUGUACGGAAGCAGAUCAACCCAAUAUUGCAGGAGCUUUGUUCUCAGAUGCCGCGGCCGCUUUUGUUCUUUGUAAUGAGUAUGCUAUGGCUGGGAACGAGCAAGUCCCUCGUCUGUUUGAGCUUCUGGAAUGGGGCUAUGAUUUAAUUCCGAACACGAUUGAGCAUAUUCGAGAUGUUCCCGAAUACACCAAACACGCUAUCGGACCAAUGUUUGAGAGACUCCUUCCUUCAUAUGAGGAACAAGUAAAGUCCCAGUCAAGGGCAGGGGGAAGCCAACCGCUGGGGUCGCUAGGGAUCUGCGAUUUCGACUGGGCUUUGCAUCCCGGCGGAAGAGCAAUUAUAGAUGGCGCAGCACAGGUCUUACAAUUGUCUGAGGAUCAAUUGCAGGCAACUCGGGAGAUAUAUCGCACACGGGGAAACUCAUCUAGUGCAUCGGUCCUUAAUGUCUUAGAUCGGCUUCGUUCACAGAGCAAGAAGGAGCAUGUUGUUGCCACUUCGUUUGGUCCUGGUCUGUCAAUUGAAAUGGCGCUGUUAAGGAGGUGUCAACUGGGCGAGUAUUGA